GUUAUUGAGUAUAGGUAUAUACAACAAAUUAAUGAAUAUUCGAAUAUUUUAAAACAAUAUAUUAUCAUCAUUUUAUUCUUUAAAUACGCAGUAUGUAUCGAGCUUGUUAUCACCAUGAUGAUUUUCCAAUUUUAUUUUAUUUCUGAUUGGCUUAAUAAAUAAUUAAGUGUUAUAAAAGUGGUAUAAAACGAAAGAUAUUGUAUGUGACUCGAUGUGAGGAUUGUGUCGAAUUGAAUCAUUUCUAUUAUAAUCCAGGCCUUGUCACCCAAUGAUUAUCAACAAUCCAAAAAUAAUUAAGAUAAAUUAUUCAUGUUUUUUUAAUUUUUAUUUAUAUAGUACCAACAACACUGAAACAUUUUUUUUUUUUUUCUUUUCGACGCUUGCGCAAGUGUAUUUAUUUUUGUCGUUGAGGGAUAGAUACAGAUCACCAGAAAAUCGGCUAUGAAAGAAUAUUCUUUAUUUCGUCAUAUAAUCAUACAAGAAAGUUGGAGCUGGUUAGAGCUGUAGUAGACAUAUUCAUAUAUCAAACUGAACCAAACGUACGAUUACCCAUGACGUCUUUGUCUCAAACUCAGCUAGAUAAAACAGCUGUCGAAAAUUUUCGCGAGUAUCUGCAAAUUCCAUCGGUUCAACCAAACGUUAACUAUGAUGAAUGUGUUGCUUUCUUACAUAGACAAGCAAAGAGUUUGGAUUUGCCAAUUGCUGUUUAUGAGCCAUUUUCAAAUAAACCAAUUGUCGUCAUAACAUGGACAGGAACUGAUACAUCAGCAUCAUCAAUUUUAUUAAACAGUCACAUGGAUGUUGUUCCUGUAUUUGCAGACAAAUGGACGUAUCCACCAUUCAGUGCACAUAUUGAUGAUGCUGGUAAUAUUUAUGCUCGUGGUUCACAAGACAUGAAAUGCGUUGGUAUACAAUAUUUAGAAGCAGUAAGAAGAUUAAAAUUAAAUGGAAUAAAAUUAAAACGUACAUUACAUAUGUCAUUUGUGCCUGAUGAAGAAAUUGGUGGUAUAUUGGGAAUGCGUGCAUUUAUACAUAGUAAAGAUUUUAAAAAUUUAAAUGUUGGAUUUGCACUUGAUGAGGGUGUUGCAUCACCAACUGAUAAAUUUUACAUGUUCAAUGGUGAAAGAUCAGUUUGGCAAGUAUGGAUACACUGUAAUGGGCCACCUGGACAUGGCUCAAUGCUCAUACCCAAUACUGCUGGUGAAAAAUUACGUUUUAUCAUUGAUUGUUUUAUGGAUCUACGAGCAGAAUCAAGUGCCAAACUUGCUACUGGAAAACAUAAAAUCGGAGAUUUAUUAUCAAUUAAUCUGAAUCAAAUUAAGGGUGGUGUACAACUAAAUGUUAUUCCUGAUGAAUUAAAAGUUGCAUUUGAUAUAAGAAUACCUCCGACAACUGAUCAUGAUGAAUUGGAAAAAUUAUUUCGUAGCUGGUGCAAAGAAGCCGGUGAUGAUAUAACAAUUGAAUUUGAACAAAAAAGUCCAAAAAUUGAAUCAACAAAAUUGGAUGACAGUAAUCCAUAUUGGAUUGCUUUCAAAAAAACAACAGACAAAUUGGGUAUUGAAUUGGAUAUUGGAAUAUUUACUGGUGCUACUGACAGUCGAUACGUGCGUUCGGUUGGAUUACCAGCAAUUGGUUUUUCACCAAUGAAUAAUACAAAAAUAUUACUUCACGAUCAUGAUGAAUAUUUAAACAAAGAUAUAUUUUUACGUGGAAUUGAAAUUUAUAUGAACAUUAUAUCUGCAGUUGCAAAUGUAUAAUUAUCAUAAUUAAUUUACAAA